GGAUGGUAGUGAGCCCCUAGAGAUGCUCCACACAAUGACAUGUUGGCUCCCAGUCCUGGCCCUGCACGUGGUCCUGCUGAGCCCCCCGUGGGUGGGAUCCUGCCCCGCCCGCUGUGAGUGCGCCCCACACCUCAAAUCCGUGGUGUGCCACCGCAAGCGCCUCACCUCCAUCCCCGAGGGCAUCCCCACCGAGACCAGGAUCCUGGAGCUCAACAAGAACCGCAUCCGCUGCCUCAACCCCGGGGACCUGUCCCCGUACCCACUGCUGGAGGAGCUGGAUUUCAGCGAGAACAUCAUCUCCAAUGUGGAGCCCGGAGCCUUCAGCAACCUGUUCAACCUGCAGACCCUGCGGCUGCGGGGGAACCAGCUCAAGCUCAUCCCCCCCGGGGUCUUCACCAAGCUGACCAACCUCACCCUCCUGGACAUCAGCGAGAACAAGCUUGUCAUCCUGUUGGACUACAUGUUCCAGGACCUGCGGAACCUGAAGAGCCUGGAGGUGGGUGACAAUGACCUGGUGUACAUCUCCCAGCGUGCCUUCUCGGGGCUGCUGGGCCUGGAGCAGCUGACCAUCGAGAAGUGCAACCUGACCUCCAUCUCGGCCGAGUCGCUCUCCUACCUCCAGAACCUGGAGGUGCUGCGGCUCCGCCACCUCAGCAUCUCUGCGCUGGAGGACCAGAACUUCAAGAAGCUCUACAACCUCCUGCAGCUGGAGAUCGACAACUGGCCGCUGCUGGAAGAGGUCUCCCCCACCAGCUUCCAGGGACUGAACCUUACCUCGCUCUCCAUCACCUACACCAACAUCACGGCCGUGCCCGCCGCCGCCUUGAGGAACCUGGUGUACCUGCGGUACCUCAACCUGUCCUACAACCCCAUUAGCACUGUGCUGAAGGGCUCCUUUAAGGACCUCAUCCGGCUCCAGGAGCUCCACAUCGUGGGUGCCCUCCUGGUGUCCGUGGAGCCGCAGGCUUUCUCCGGCCUGAGACAGAUCCGGCUGCUCAACCUCUCCAGCAACUUCCUGUCCACGCUGGAGGAGAGCACCUUCCACUCGGUCAACACGCUGGAGACGCUGCGGGUGGACAGGAACCCCCUGGCCUGCGACUGCCGCCUCCUCUGGGUCCUGCAGCGGCGCAAGACGCUCAACUUCGACGGGCAGCAGCCCAUGUGCUCCUCCCCGCCCGAGAUCCAGGGCAACGCCCUGCGGGACUUCCCGGACUCAGUGCUCUUCGAGUACUUCACCUGCCAGAAGCCCAAGAUCCGGGAUCGGAAGCUGCAGCACGUGACGGCGCGGGAGGGCCAGUCCGUGUCCUUCCUGUGCCGGGCGGACGGGGAGCCCGACCCCUCCAUCGCCUGGGUGUCCCCCCAGCACCGCAUGAUCACCACGCGCAGCACGGGCAGGGCCACGGUGCUGCCCGGGGGCACCCUGGAGAUCCGCUUCGCCCAGGUGCAGGACAGCGGCACCUACAUCUGCAUCGCCAGCAACGCCGGCGGCAACGACACCUACUUCGCCACGCUGACGGUGAAGGGGCGCCCGGCCGACGGCGCCCACCGCGCCAACCGCACCCUGUACCUCAGCGACUUCAACGACACCUUCCACAACGACACCCAGGUCUUCUUGAAGUUUACCUUGGACCUCAAGACCAUCCUGGUCUCCACGGCCAUGGGCUGCAUCACCUUCCUGGGCGUGGUGCUCUUCUGCUUCCUCCUGCUCUUCGUGUGGAGCCGCGGCCGGGGGCAGCACAAGAACAACUUCUCCGUGGAGUAUUCCUUCCGCAAGGUGGACGGGCCCACCACCACCACGGGCCAGGGAGGGGCCAGGAAGUUCAACAUGAAGAUGAUCUGAGGCUCUCCUGGAGGAGAAGCGUUGUCUGCUGCCCGGCCCCGGGCGCGGCCACGGCGGGACAGGGCCGGGAGGGGUGUGGGAGCACCGGUGACAUCCCGGGGCUGGCGGUGGGACGGGGCUGGAGACACACCAGAGGUGCCACAGGCCAGCAGGGGCGGAACUGGGUGGACCUCAGGGUCGGGGAGGGAUGACCCCAGUGUCCCAGCCCUGCGGGGCCCUCGGUGAGCCCUCGGCUCAGGGGCCAUCCCAGCUCCAGGGGCUCCCAAUGUAGCCGGAAUUUUUGCUACCAACUAUGCAUUUCUCGAGCCAAAAGAUCAGCAGCGUUUGGGCCCAGGAAAAAAAACACUUCCUGGUUUUUUUCCCCCUCUCCCUUUUUUUUUAAGAGACUCUUCAGAAAACUUUCCUGGUGGUUGUUUAUGGUUCUUUUCUUGGUGUUGGUGGGUUUUUUGGUCCAAUGAUUAUUUUUUUUUUAAUGAAUUUCCAAGAGAAAAGUCUUCCGGGGCGAUGUGGGACUGGGGGCUCCGGGGGCGGUUGUGCCAAGCCAGGGUGUCUCUUCCAGCCCCUUGGCAAGGACAGACCCACCAGGGCACAGCUGUGCCUUGAGAGUUUCCCAUCUGUCAGUUUAAGAUGCAGCGUCUGCCAACGCAGGAGUCUGGGGAUGCUCCUGCACAAGCAAUAAUAACCCACCCAGGGCCAGGCUCUCAGGAGGUGUCAGCAGGAAAAAAGGGACAAAAAAGGCAAAAUGAGGCCAAGAUCAUUAAAAUCAGGAGGAGCAGCCCCAGGGUGAUGUGUUUGAAUCCACCCAAGCCACUGUAGGAGUGGUGGGGUGAAAGGGUUGAGAUUCCUGCAAAAGACACUUUUGGAUCUGUUUUCUUUGGGUUGCAAAGUUGAAAUCCAUGGGAGAGCAG